AUGCCGCCCAAAACCGCCCUCCUCGUAAUCGACAUGCAGAACUUCUUCGAAUCCAUGACCACCGCCGCCCUCCCCAACAUCCUCCGCCUGGUCAAGCACUUCCGCCAAACCUCAGCGCCCCUGAUCUUCACCCAGCACGGACACACCGAAUCCGAACUCACGACCACGCCCUCGCCCAACCAACUCGUCCGGAAAUGGGGUCCGGAGGGCUCCAUCGCCGCCGGCUCCGAGGAUUGGCAGCUCAUGGAGCUCCUGCACCGCUUCCUUCCGAAAGGAUACACGGCUAAACCCAUCCCCCUAGGCCACUCUUUCCCCGAAGCCUCGUCUGAGACUGUCCGAGAAUGGCCCAAGGUCGUGCCCAAGAACACGUACGACGCCUUCAUCAACACGAAUCUCGCCGAGGUGCUGGACGCCGCGAACAUCGAACGCGUCGUCGUCUGUGGCGUCAUGACUGAUUGUUGCGUCGAUACCACAGGGCGGAGUGCGUUUAAUUGUGGCUAUGAGACUUGGUUGGUUCGCGAUGCUUCGGGGAGUGCGAAUCGCGUGCAGUAUGAGGCUGGGUUGAGGGGGUUUGGGUUUGCUUUUGGCGCCAUCUUGUCCACGGAGGAGGUGAUUUCUCUUCGGGAAGAAUGA